GACUAUAAGGUUGUCGUCCUAGGAGCCGGUGGUGUGGGUAAAUCGUCCAUAACCGUGCAAUUCGUGCAAGGUGUCUAUGUCGAAAGCUAUGACCCCACCAUUGAGGACUCGUACCGAAAGCAGAUAGAAAUCGACGGUAGGGCCUGUGACUUGGAGAUUCUCGACACGGCUGGUGUGGCCCAAUUCACUGCCAUGCGAGAACUCUACAUCAAGAGUGGUAAGGGAUUCCUUUUAGUAUACUCAGUCACUGACGAGAACUCAUUAAAAGAAUUGUUGACGCUUCGUGAGCAAGUGCUUAGAAUUAAAGACACUGAUAACGUGCCUAUGGUUCUUGUGGGUAACAAAUGCGACUUGGAAGAAGACCGUGUCUUGAGCAUAGACGUCGGAGUCAAGGUGUCGCAAGACUGGGGUUUGGUUCCAUUCUACGAGACCAGUGCCAUGUACAAGACCAACGUUGACGAAGCUUUCAUUGAUGUCGUUAGACAGAUAAUGAGAAAGGAAGCUGUCAUCACCGCGGAGAAGAAACAACAGAAGGAAUUACAGAAGAAAGAAACCUCACAGGCACAACAGUCUCAGAUAAAUAGCAAUGGUACUAGUGAAGCUGUCAAUCCAACAGCUGCGAAGGAAAAGCCUGUUGCCAACACAAGAUUACAACAAUCCACUAACGACCAUAUAAAGGACUCCUCUGGAAGCAAGUGCUGUGUCAUUAUGUGA